GAAAACCUACCCGGCGUGGCAGGGAAAAUCUGGCGAAAAAGAAAAGGAUUGUCGAGAACAGUGUCCAACUUUACCACCAACUUGGAAGUGUACCCUCGGCAAAUAAGACGCUGCCAUACUCCAUCCAACAUUCACCCCGACGUUUCUCCAACAUUCACCCUCUGAAGUUCCGUCUUGAGCUUGCCCUACAUUCCCUGUAUCAACAACGAUUUGAAUCCGAUAUCCCCUGAUUUUCAAACGCGGGAUUUCCAGCUUUUAUUUACAUUCACGUUGAGCCCCUCACGUAUCUCAUGCUUUAGAGUAUGACCUUAGACGUCCCUCUUGACCCUUCCCAGCACGACCCCGACCAGUUGAUUAAGUAUUUGGAGACGCAUCUGGCUCCCGCUUACUAUAAAAAAAACCUUUUGGACGCCUCUAACAGAACCAGCACCGCGGCCACACCCCACUCCCGCGCAAGUAGCACCAACUCACCGUUCACCAACACAAACCCCUCGUCUCCUAAGAUGCCCGAAACCGGCCCUACGUCCACCAUGGCGCCUGCAGCCGUCAUAUACAGCCCAAACAACACGCCGAUAUCGCUCCCGAGCGCGCCCGUGGAGCAGCCGUUCUACGUGAACGCGAAGCAGUAUCACCGCAUCCUCAAGAGACGGAUCGCGCGCGCAAAGUUGGAGGAGAAUUUAAAGAUUGCCCGCUGUAGAAAGCCGUACUUACACGAGUCCAGACACAAGCACGCGAUGAGAAGACCUCGUGGCCAGGGCGGCCGCUUCUUGACCGCAGCGGAGAUUGCUGAGCGCGACAAGUUGGAGAAGUUGAAGGAGUUGAGUGAACAGCACCAGCAGCACCAACAGCAAUUCGGUCAGAAGCCCAAGGUACCGGCGAAGGACAAACCCGAAGAUGCGGAUUUGAUCGCCCAGGUAUUGCAGGAGAACGGGAUUCCGGAGGUUAAGCACAAGAAACCCGAGACCGAGAUGAACCCUGUGGUGGCGACGGUGUUGGUGUCUGAGCUGCUUCCCGAGAGCAGUUCCUCGGACGAUGCCAACGUCGCGGUCUCCGACACCACCACCACGACCGAGGGUACUCCGCUUGCCGCAAUGGAUGGCUUAGACUUGUUGCAGGGUGCCAGCGCCGUUCCACCAAAGGAUUUGGAUGUGGACUUUGACGUUGAGACGCUCAUCAAGCAAGAAGAGGAGGCGCAGAAGUUGCGGAUGAACCAGCAGACCGCCUUGACCCAGGAUUUGGCGUAGCAGGCCGACGUUUAUACAUCUCGCCGUGUUUUGCUACCGCUAGGUUGAGGCCUAGAAGUAGUACCGUUGUACAUAUCCUCGCGGCGAUCCCAUCCUCCAAAGUCUUGAAGUUUUCAAAACCUAUCCAAAAUUUCCGUUUUCUUACCGCUCUUUUCCUUUCAUGAUCUAAUGUUUUCUGACUCUUUUUAUAUCCCUUGACGAUCCUUUUGUAAUAUUUUCCGCUUUUCCACUCACUGAGUAAUGAAUAAAAACAAAAUCCAACACUGUAAGUGGCCCGUCCAGACUGAACUUCAAAGGUGUUGGGUAUAGCUAGAAUCUAUCGUUUAUAGCCUGUGUAUUUUCACCCAACCACGUUGGCCGCUGAUGAAUUAAAGAAAAAAUGGCCUCAAAAAAUGAAUAUUUGGCUAACCAGUUUCAUUGAAAUGCAGGGAUUGGA